ACAUCUUCAUUGCUCGUACCUAAUCCCAUUCAUACUCAUCAAAACAUGUACUGAUACAAUAAAAAAAAUCUCUGCAUAAAUACCGAGAGGAAGAAAUUAAUUCAACAAAAUGACUUCCUUCAAUCCCUUCUCUCUUCCCAUCUUGUUCCUUUCCAUACUCAGCUUCCUCAGCCUAACCUCUCAUGCUGCUGAUCCAGUUAAUCUCAACACCGUAUGUGAAAACUCCACUUUCAGCUCCAAUAGCCUCUACCAAACCAAUAUCAAGUCUCUCCUCUCUUCAAUCUCCUCCAACACCACUCAAAACCUCGAAUUCUACAACGCCACGAUUGGCCAAAACACCUCCAACCCUGUUUACGGUCUCUUCAAUUGUCGCGGUGAUGUAACCUCUCAAGUCUGCCGAGACUGCUUGGUCGCAGCAGUGAAAGAAAUAACCAGCAAGUGUUCAAGAGAAAAGGUUGCAAUCACAUGGUACGAUGAGUGCAUUUUGCGUUACUCGAAUCGGUCUUUCUUUUCACAAGUGGAUGAAAAACCAAUGUUCGGUUUGUUAAACACUCAGAAUGUUACUGAUCAGGCCAAGUUUAAUCAAUUACUGAACUCUUCGAUGAUUGAGUUAGCAAAUAAAACAUCCUCGGGUGUUCCAACAGGUGCUAAAAAGUUUGGGACCAGUCAAGUGAACAUAUCUGCUUUUCAAACACUGUACAACCUUGUACAGUGUACACCGGACCUGUCCAGCGCCAAUUGUAGUAGAUGUCUUUUGGAUGCUAUAAAGCUUCUUCCCUGGUGUUGUAGUGGAAAACAAGGGGGUAGAGUUGUUUUUCCCAGUUGCAGCGUUAGGUACGAAUUGUACCCUUUUUACCGUAUGGUAGCCACUGCACCAACACCUUCACCUGAGGUUCAAUCUUCACCACCUCCAAGUCCAAGUUCCGUGAGUGGACCAAAAGAUAAAAGCAAACUGUCAACAUCAAAACUAGUUGCCAUCGUUGCUCCAAUUUCUGCUUCUGUGGUUCUAUUCAUUGUGGGCUGCUGUUUCCUAAUAAGGAGAGGAAAGAAGUACAAAGCUGUAGACGGAGAAAAUGAUGCCAAUGAUAUUACAACUGUAGAGUCCUUGCAAUUUGAUUUUGUUACAAUUGAAAGUGCCACAAACAAAUUCUCAGAGGAUAACAAGCUUGGUGAAGGAGGAUUUGGUCAGGUUUACAAGGGAACACUUCCUAAUGGACAAGAAAUAGCUGUGAAGAGGUUAUCAAAAAGCUCAGGACAAGGUGCAGAACAAUUUAAGAAUGAGGUUGUAGUGGUAGCCCAGCUUCAACACAGAAAUUUAGCAAGGCUAUUGGGUUUUUGCUUGCAAGGAGAAGAAAAGAUACUUGUUUAUGAAUUUGUGCCCAACAAGAGUCUUGACUAUAUUCUAUAUGACCCAAAAAAACAGGGACUACUAGAUUGGUCAAGGCGUUACAAGAUAAUAGGUGGGAUUGCUCGAGGAAUCCAAUAUCUACAUGAAGAUUCUCGACUUCGAAUUAUACACCGCGAUCUCAAAGCUAGCAAUGUAUUGUUGGAUGCAGAUAUGAACCCAAAAAUUUCAGAUUUUGGCAUGGCAAGGAUAUUUGGAGUUGAUCAAACUCAAGGAAACACAAGUAGAAUUGUGGGGACAUAUGGUUAUAUGUCUCCAGAGUAUGCAAUGCACGGAGAAUUUUCUGUGAAGUCGGAUGUGUAUAGCUUUGGUGUCUUGGUUCUAGAGAUUAUCACUGGCAAGAAGAACAGUAAUUUCUAUGAAUCAGAAGUUGCUGAGGACCUCUUGAGUUAUGUUUGGAUACAUUGGAGGGAUGGUAGGCCUUUGGAAUUGUUGGAUCCAGCUUUGGGAGAUUCCUUUUCUAGAGAUGAAGUCAUGAGAUGCAUCCAUAUUGGUUUAUUAUGUGUUCAAGAAGAUCCAGCUGACAGACCCACCAUGGCGACGAUAGUUCUCACACUUACAAGCGGCUCAGUUUCACUGCAAGCACCUCAACAGCCAGCAUUUUUUGCCAAAACAGACACAAACAUCCCAAUAAAGGGCCUGGAAUCAUCAGAUCAAUCUACGAACAAGUCAAUGCCGUGGUCUGUUAAUGAAGCAUCCAUUACUGAAUUAGACCCUCGAUAGUUAUAUUUCAAACUUAAGUCUCUGUUUACCAAGUGAUGAAGUCUUAAAAAGUUGAGUUAUGGUUGCAUAUGACAUUUGCUUAUGGAAUAAAAAUUCAAUAUGUUUAGAGUGCUCA